AUGCUGUACCACAAGGACACUGCGCAUACUUUACAGCAACCCCAUCUUUACAUUUCCAUUUUCGGGGUGUACUUGCUCUGGAAAUUAUAUCCGAUAUGGCCCCUGAAGUUGGUUCUGCCCGGUUGUAUUUCGACCAGCAUCAUCCUUAGUGCCAUCUGGAGUAUGUGGAUAUAUCCAAACUUCCUCGAUCCGCUUCGCGAAUUGCCAACUGUGAAGGGAUACUUCAACUUCAUGCGCAUCAUCUGCGAGUACGACCGCGGCCGAACGCCUCUGGAAUGGAUGAAUAGAUACCCGACUGCGCCCCUGAUCCGAUUCCGAGAGUUUGGCAUUUACAACUAUCUGGUACUGGCAGACGAGGGAGCUUUGCGAGAUGUGUUGGUGAAUAAUUCGUCUGAUUUCGAGAAACCAAAGGAAGUUCGAGCCGUAGUCUCAGGCAUGGUCGGACAUGGUUUGGUCACAUUGGAGGGGUCCGACCAUCGAACGCUACGCCUCGCCAUCGGCUCGGCGUUCAAUCUCCAUAGUGCGCGGAUGUUUUAUACCGUUAUCUGGCAGGAGGCCCGUGAGUUCCUCGCUCGAUUACAGCAGGACAUGGCGAAAGGAUCGUCACAUGAUCCGGCAGUUGAUGGAGUGAUUGACGUUAAUAACGUCUUCCGUCAACUGUUUAUCAACAUUAUCGGAAUAAGGCUUGUAGGAGACCAUUGGCGUGGAGUGCCUGAUGGAGCACAGAAGGUUGGCGCUGCGUUUGACAAGGUCCUGGAACCCAGUUUAGGAAAUCUUGUCUCCUUUGCGAUGUACAUUGUCUGUCCACGCUGGAUUAGUAGGAUCAUUCCCGGGGGCAAUAUGGCAACGAGAAGAGCCGCAAAAAAUGAUCUUCAUGCAUUAUUUGUCAGUCUUGUGCUACUGCAGCAACAGGACAAUGCACAGAAGGAAAAAAAGUCAUCACAGCCCAGCCUGAUCGGUUCAAUGACACGACACUCAUAUACAGCUGACAGCAUCGUAGGGCAAAUCAUGCAAGACUUUACUAGUUAUGAACUCUUAACCUUCACGAUGUGCUGGUGCUGCUAUGAGUUAGGUCGCGACCCGUCGCUUCAAGCUCGUCUUCGCCGUGAGGUGAAAGACGCUCUUUCUACAGAGGAAGAGGGAUCAUGGUCCACUCUGGAGUCCCUCCCAUGCUAA